AGAAAAAAAUAAUGGAGGUGGAGAAAAUGGCGGAUGGUUUGAAUAUUUGUAAGAAUGAAGGCCAUGAAGAAGAAGAAGUGGAGCUUCCAGGGUUUCGAUUUCAUCCGAUGGACGAAGAACUAGUAGGGUUUUAUCUUAAAAGGAAAGUGGAGAAGAAAGCUGUUUUUAUUGAUCAUCUCAUCAAAGAGAUUGAUAUCUACAAAUAUGAUCCAUGGGAUCUUCCAAGAGGUAGAACCAAUGGAGAGAAAGAGUGGUACUUCUUCUGUAGAAGAGGAAGAAAAUAUAGAAAUAGUGUGAGACCGAAUAGGGUUACAGCCACAGGAUCAGGGUUUUGGAAAGCUACUGGGAUUGACAAGCCUAUUUACUCUAUUUUAGAGUUUCCUCAUCAUGACUGUAUUAUUGGCCUCAAGAAGUCCUUGGUUUAUUACAUAGGAAAUGGAGGCAAAGGUACUAAGACCGAUUGGAUGAUGCACGAAUUUCGCCUUCCGGCCACUGCCACCAAAACCACCACGAACAUCUCUGUUAAUGGUCAGAUCUUUAUAAGCAGUAAUGCUCAGCCAGAAGCUGAAGUUUGGACAUUAUGCAGAGUCUUUAAACGUGAUACUUCUUACAAGAGGACUGCAACAGAUCAGUCCAGGCAGAAGACAAAUGCUAAAGGAGAUAAUAAUAAUAAUAAGAAUAUGAAGAUGAUGAGCUAUGGAGUUUUAACUGCAAUGGCGGCGAGCAGUGAAAAGUCUAUUAAGCCCUCUUCUGAUGAGUAUAGCAUUGGAUCAAGGAAUUAUAGCUUGUCCUUUGCCGGCCAUCUGAAGACCUUGACAACUGAUCUUCAGUAUCCAGUUAUUGCUUCAUCGCAUUUAAGCUUCUCGAACCAGAAAGGAGAUGAUGAAUAUUUCAAAGAAGAGAGCUGGGAUGAGCUGAGGCCAAUGGUUUUUAAUUAUUGAUAAGGUUUAGAUAAUUAUGUAGAUAAAUAAAGUUUAAUUUUUUACUUUACCAUGUUAUAUAUAUGGUAACUCUUGUAACAUAUAUAGAACAAAUUAAUA